GCAUGCGCAUUAGGCAGUAGGGCGCCAUGUUUUAAAUCGUGCUAAAGGAUUAUUAUAGGACGAUAAAAUACCGGCCACAUUUAAGCAUUUAUUUGAACUCUGAUGGCCUCAAAGAACGAGGAAUACAUCGCAGUAGCUGCUGUACUAAUCUCUCUUGUUAUUCUUUCAAUUUUUUGCGGUGUUUUUUGGAGUUUUCUGUUAGUUUUUACCUUCUUGUUGUUGGCGUAUCUAUCACGCCGGCCACAAAGUAAGAAAAAGAUUAUUACAAAGAAGUACAAAAUCAAACCAGAAUCGCUUGAUAAUUCCUUGAAUGAUAGUAAAUACUUAUCUGCUGGUGUUAAAGAGAUGGAUGUACCUUUUACUGGACUCCCAAGCCCAAAAUAUCAGACCCAAACUCUACGAUCACCGAUGCCUUUGCUGUCUUCUCUCUCUACUGUAACAAAACGACUGAGUUUUAACGUCAGCUCCCUAUCACCACCAGAUGGACAAACAUACAUGCUUGGUAAUGGCAGCAGAAGAUUCAAUACAACGAUAGGUUCACCAAGACAAGUCCAAAGCCCUAUGUCACUGUUAACAUCACYGCAGACACCCAAGUAUUUUAGUCUCAUAAAUCCUACCUUACAACCAUCAACUGUUAAAAUUGCUGCACCAGAAAUCAAUGACAGAACAGUGACAUUAGAUGAGCCAAAGAAACUAACAGAUAGCCCACUAAGUAGAGCAACUAUAUUAUCUGCACUGAAGCAAAGUACAAUCAGGAAACGAAGUGUCGUUGAGGAUGAAGAUGGCGCAGAUGAUGUCUCAAGCCCCAUAGAAAGUCAUAAAAAGAAACGGAGAUACCAUUAUCCCAGUGGGAACGAAAAUGAGAGGAGAAAACCCAUGACCACAACAGACACUACUGAUCUUGAAAUAACCAGAGAGAUCAUACCAGAGCCGCCAGCUGUUACAAGAAGGGGUACUGGUAUAUAUAGUUUGAUACAAGCAAGAUUAAAAAGGCGACCAUUACAUAAUGAUGGUAACAGUACCAAUGAAGAAGGAGGAGUCAUGAUAAAGAAAACUAAACAGGACGAUGAUAAAACACUUGGACUGCCAAAGGUACCUGAAAGUAUUGAUUCAGAGUGUCAAGACACCAAGGAUGUGCAGACAAAGUCUGCCUCUUCUGUAACAACAAAAAGGAUUGYUUCUAUAACUAGUUAUGAAGAUGAUAAUGACAGUGGAUGUGAUGCUGAUGAUGAUGAUGACAUUGUGAUGAAAACUGUUCAAUCAACCACAGGCAAGACAAGGUUAUCGAAAAAGCAAGCUCAAAAGCUAGUGGAACAAAAUAGAGAAAAAAGAAAAAGAAUUGAACUGAGAACAUCCAGUACACCAAGUCACACACCAGAAAAGCCAGUAUCUAGAACAACUAGCAAUACUCCAGAUCACACAGUAUCUAGAACAACCAGCCAUACUCGAGAUCGCUCAGUAUCUGGACAACAGAGGAUUUCUAAAAAGCAAAGGUUGUUAAAUACUCCUUCUGUAUCUGAGGUAACAACAAGUGCCACUGACUCGCCUGCGUCUGGGAAAUCAGAUGUCUCUGGUCAGGAAAUGUCUCUAAAGAAACGCUUCACAGUCAUACGCUUUCCAUCCAAAAAAGAUGAAUCAAAAAGACGAGCAGUACCAGUAUACUGUGCAUCAGUCAACUCACCUGAUCUGCCAAAGCGUCGUCCUGUCACUCACAAAAUCACAAAAGAAGACAUUGAGCUAGAUCGUAAGUUGGCAUGGCAGAGAGUUCAGUCUUUACUGGACGGAUCUGAGGAUGAAGAAGAAGGGGAAAAACCUAAAGGUACUUCACCAUCUGUGGCAAUCCAUGUUACCACUUGUAUGCCCAGUCAAUCAAGAUCACAGACGACAAGUACAGUAACAACAGUAUCAGGUACCCUAGCUACUAGUAGUUUACUUACGCUAGUCUCUAGUAACAGCAAAGAAAGCCAAGACACUGCUGUUGCUACAUCACAGACUGCAGUAAUUGCACCACGUAUUGGAACCACACAGCCCUCAACACUCCUAUCUUCACUGGCAACAAGCAAACCAAGUGAAGCAACCCCUCUUAAAUCUGUACCACAAUCAGAGUCAUCAGCCACACCCCAUCUUGGUAAUCUUGAUCAAAAGUCCACUACGUUCUUAAAGGAAGCAUUAGCUACAUCAUCUGCUGCUGGACUACCCAGUGGUCAAGCUAUCCUUAGCUCUACUACACAGUUGUCAAGCACUCCUGGAUUCAGUCUUACCAGUACAACCAGUACUACUGGUCAACCACCAGCACCUGUUAGUGCUCCAAUGAAAAAUCUUUUUGGAGUGUCUUCCACUGAUUCCUCUAACACAACAUCUCUAACGUCCCUCAUAACAGCAUCACAAAGUAUACAGACACCCAUAUGUACCCCUGUGACCCAAACGUUAUUGGGUACCAAAACUACUAACGCCAUGCCUGGGGUACCUGUGGUUACUGCUCCUGGAGCAUUGUCAGUGAAUUUUGGGUCCACAGUCAGUAAGCCACCUCAACUGGGUAGCAUUAAUUCGCGUAAUCUUCCUCACAUUCAGUUCAGUGUGCCAAGUAAUCUACCACAAAUGGGGUCCACUGUAACAAGUAAUCUAACAGGCUUUAGUGUGCCGAGCAAUCAACCGCCGACAGGAUUCAAUACUUCAAGUAAUCUACUGCCGGCAGGAUUCAAUACUUCAAGUAAUGCACCUCAGCCAGGGUUCAGCUUUAGUGCCACUACGUCAGAUGCAACCCCAGCACCUGUGACCACAGGAGCAAAAAAUGCACUCUUUUCUGGUUUGAAUGCUAGUACUGUAGGAUCUACCCUACAAAAUGCUGCAAAGGUUACAACACAGGCAACCCAACCAGGUUUUGCCACACCAGAAACUUUCUCCUUCAGUGCAUCCACUGCCCCCAAAACCACCAGUCAAGCAAGUACGUUCAAUUGUGCUGCGAGCCAACAGACCUCAGCACCAAAAACCUUUGGAUUCCAAGCUGAACCUAGUGUGUUUGGAGCUACAACUGCUACUACAACCACUAAGCAAAGCAACUUUACAUCAAACUUUACUACUACAAGCAAAGGUUUUGCAUCGGCUUCCUCUUCAAAUCAGUUUGGAGCACCACCACCACCAUAUUCGUCAUCUGCUCCAGCAUUUGGUAUUGCUCCCUCUGUCUCACAGAACACUUUUGGUAAAACAAGUACGACGGCCACUUCAGGGGGGCUUAAAUUUGGCACCAGCACAGCUACACCAAGUGUAUUUGGAAAUGCCGCUCAACCAACUGCAACUGGCAGUGCUCAUUCUGGGCAGUUUUCUUUUAGUGCUAGUACCACUAACACUCCAAAUCAGUCACAGAACAAACAAUUGAUAUCUUUCCCUGCUGGGGUCAGUUCUACUUCAGCAUCUCAACCGUUCAGUGCAUCAUCUUCUCAGAGUACCUUUGGUCCUGGGACAAGUACGAAUGUUUUUGGAACUAGUGCGACCCCAACACCCUUUGGGUCAACUACCAAUCAGAAUGCCUUUGGUUCUCCUGCUACUAAGAACAAUCAAAAUGUUUUUGGUGCUACAAGCCAAAGUACAUUUGGUUCACCUGCCCCGUCACAGAAUAUGUUUGGGAAUCCUGCAAGUUCAAGUAGUGCUGGCAGCUUCGGCUUUGGUAACAGCUCUGCUACUCCUUCUGCCACUCCUUCUGCUGGAGGGUUUAAAUUUGGUGCUGGUUCAUCAAGUGGAUUCCAAAAUACAGCAAAGGCCGCACCCACCUUUGGUUCCACCCCCUCUGCAGCCCCAACAGCUUCAGCAGGAGGAUUCAACUUUGGUGCAGGCAGUACUGCCAGUACUCCUGCAUUUGGUGCAGCAACGCCCAAUGCUGGGGGUUUCAAGUUUGGAUCCGUAGCCCAAGCCCCUUCAUCGUCUGUCGCAAAGGCACGACCCAAAGCAACGGCUGGAAGAAGGCGCACGAGAAAGUAAAAGCUUUUACAUUCAAUUUAACCUCUAGUUAAUGAAGUUUUUUUAUUUUAUCAUUUAUUUUGUCCCAUCCCCAGGAAAAACGUCAAAUUAUAAUCCAUAAAUACAUUUAUAUCUGUAUAAAGUUAUACUAGUUUAUUUUCAAUUUAUAUGUAACUUCAAGAAAAAGUGGACCUCAAUAGAUGUAUCAGAUACUGUUUCAUUCGCUGCUGAUUCUUUAGGAUCUAUCAUUUAUAAGAGAUUAUCUUGUAAAUUUGUUUAUGAGUUUAAGCAACUCUGUUAUUUUACAGAUUGCAUACCCCACACAUGUAUAUAUAUAUAUAUUAAAUAAAGCUUUUAAAUAGUUAGUGACAUUAGAAUAAGUUCCUUUAUUAAAUUUAAUAUUUGUGUAUGUGUUUUGAAUACUUCUUUUAAAACAUUCACCCAAUGUUUAUUAGGGUUCUUUUACAGACGACGGCUCUACGUUUUGGUCUUUUCUCCCUCCCCUCUAGGGGAUCAAACCAAAAGAACGUCUGCAAAAGAGGCUAAAUCUUUAUAUCCUGCUAUAGAUAAAAAUAAAUAGUAAUUUUUAUA